CAUGAAUUUUAUAAGUAUCAAAUAGAAAUAGGCUGAAUUGAUAUUUGGGCGAGAUCAAAUCAGACCGAAUGUGAUGAUGCUUAAAUCAUUGAUCCUGAUCUUUUUUUAUUAUUGGACCAUGAUUCUCAUGGUUUUGGUCUGGUUAUUACUAGACCAUUGCAUACCCCCUAAAUAAAGCUCAUUUGCGGGCUAUUCAUUUAUUAGUUUGUACUAUCAUGCAUAGCAAUAAAUUAAUCACAAUUUGUGAAUGCCCUAGUAACAUCAAAUAUUAUGAAAUCGUAUCGAAGAUUGUGUUGAAACUAUGGUUUAACAGUUUCAUACGAAUAAAAUAUUUUAUGGUCUAAAAAAACUAAGUAAUACACCAAAAAGUAACUAUGCUCCCAAAAAUGGCUAUCACCUCACUACUAGUUUGUUUCACUCUGUCACCACACUCCUUUAUUUUCUGGUCAUUCUCCCCUUUUGUAAGUUCCCUUCGAUUCCACAGUACUGUUAGAUGAGUUUAUUCGCAUCCUUUAGAUUGGGAGAGGCUUGAAGAUAAUGUAGCAGGAAAACUUGUGAAACACAAAUAUUUAUGUGGACGAGAGCCAACAAAAAGUCUAUGUUGAUAGGAUUUGGCAUCAAAUGCUCACCUCCAAAUGCUCAUCCACACUACAAAACUACAAACUUCCGCUCUCAUUGUAAACCAUUUCCAUAACUUUUUUUUUGUUUUUUCAACACAGCAAUGUAGCGCACAUUCAUAAAAGUGGGUAACGGUUCGGUUAAUCUGAGUAUUCCAAAUGUUAAUUGUAGAUUCAACCAGAAGGUAUGAAAAAGUCUUGCCACAAUUUCAAACUCGUAUACAUUGACUUCUAGUUUGAAGAGACGUGCAAUAAAAAUAGCAUGAAAUUAAUCAUUAUCUCUCUACAACCACUUGAAUUGUUGGAAUGAACGAAUUCAGAAUACGUGUUUCAAUUUGGUUUUUGACUCGAUUCAAUCCGAUCAUGAACCGCGAACCGAGCAUAGUUCAGUAUUUUUCCUGUCUAGCAAAUGGGUUUUCUUUGGUUUCUUCUGGCGAUUCCAGGCCCACCCAUUUUUGUCCCCAAGCAAAUCUUCACAUACAUGGCCCUCCUAGUGGCUGUUGUUACACCCUUAUCUUUCUUCUCCCCACACACCCCUUAGCUAAAACAAUCUUCUGUGUAACUUACUCCUAUCCUGCACUUUGGUGCACACACACCAUCAAGCCGUUGGUAAGAACUGAAAAGCAAAUCUCCUUUCCUUCUCCUUCCUCUAUCCGAUUUUGCUGCUAACUCUGUUUCUCUCUUUUUCCCACCACCAUCGCAGAUUGGCCUUGCCUGAAUUUGGAGCGCGGGAGGAGGAAAGGGGAAGAUGGCAACCAUUACAAAUGUGACCGAGUACCAGGCGAUUGCAAAGCAAAAGCUGCCUAAAAUGGUGUACGAUUACUAUGCAUCCGGCGCUGAGGACGAAUGGAGUCUUGAAGAGAACAGAAAUGCCUUCACCAGAAUCCUGUUUCGACCGAGGAUUCUGAUUGAUGUGAGCAAGAUCGACAUGACCACCACUGUGCUGGGGUUCAAGAUAUCCAUGCCUAUCAUGAUUGCCCCUACUGCCAUGCAGAAAAUGGCUCACCCUGAAGGGGAAUAUGCAACUGCUAGAGCUGCAUCAGCUGCUGGAACAAUCAUGACGCUGUCGUCAUGGGCUACUUCCAGCGUGGAAGAGGUUGCUUCAACUGGGCCUGGCAUCCGCUUCUUCCAGCUCUACGUCUACAAGAACAGGAAUGUUGUUGCUCAGCUGGUGAAGAGGGCUGAAAGGGCUGGCUUCAAGGCCAUUGCUCUAACCGUUGACACCCCGAGGCUGGGACGCAGGGAAGCUGAUAUCAAGAACAGGUUCACACUGCCACCUUUCUUGACACUCAAGAACUUUGAAGGCUUGGACCUUGGCAAGAUGGACGAGGCCAAUGACUCUGGACUUGCUUCCUAUGUUGCUGGCCAGAUCGACCGAUCCCUCAGCUGGAAGGAUGUGCAAUGGCUUCAAACAAUCACCUCCCUGCCCAUUCUGGUCAAGGGUGUCCUCACAGCUGAGGAUGCAAGGAUAGCAGUUCAAGUUGGAGCAGCAGGAAUCAUUGUGUCCAACCAUGGUGCUCGUCAGCUCGAUUAUGUCCCUGCUACCAUCAGGGCUCUUGAGGAGGUUGUGAAGGGCGCACAAGGGCGAGUCCCGGUGUUCUUGGAUGGUGGUGUGAGACGCGGGACUGAUGUGUUCAAGGCGCUGGCACUGGGAGCCUCUGGCAUAUUUAUUGGACGACCGGUGGUGUUCUCACUGGCUGCUGAUGGAGAGGCCGGAGUGAGGAACGUGCUUCAAAUGCUGCGUGAGGAGUUCGAGCUGACAAUGGCGCUCAGCGGCUGCCGUAACCUGGGCGAGAUCACCAGAGGCCACAUCUUCACUGAUUGGGAUGCUUCUCCCAGCCACCCUACUGCCAAGCUUUGAAGGCAAUCCCAAAAGUGUUCAAGAUCUCUGUUUUCACCCCUGCCAUUUUCAUGGAUCCAUGAACAGACUCUCGUUUGUUUGUUUGCUCACUCUGGGUUUACCAUACAUGUGUAUUUUGAUUGGAAACUUUGAUAUACCAACCUCUUCUUCCUUAUGUUUUGUUGUGAAUGGUUGAAACUCUAUUCCUGGUACUAAUCAAAUGCCAACCUGAAUUGGCUCCCCCCUUUGUAUAUCUAAUGUGGCAGAAGUAUAUGUAUUAUGUGGUAUUAACUAAUGUCGACAACAUUUAAAAGAAAGCAUGAAACAAUCAGAGAAUAGACCAUCACAAAGCGGAUUAAUUAUAUUGAACAUUAUUUUAGUAUGGUAGUGCUAAAAAUAUUUUUAUGUAUAAUGCACGUCUUUGAUAGCCUUAAUGUUGUUCUCUUUGCUUUCACUAAAUAAGCUACUAAAUAAGAAGUUGAGAUAAACACGCCCUAAGGACAAAAUCAUAUCUUUUCCUUCAUACCAAUAAUUGUAAAACCGUACUGGAAAUGUUAGUAAUAGAAUAUUUUAUACUAA